GAAAAGGUCAAGGGAGUGGCGACGACGCUGAUGGAUGAGAAGGUUUCCUGCUCUUGCAAAGGAGUCCGGACAUGUCGUCUGUGCGAGGCCUCAAAGCAGCAAGCAGCCUGCACAUCUCGAGAUCGGGUGUCUUUUGCCCUAUGCUGGCGAUGCGGCCACAUGAUGCGCGUCGACGGGAAGGCGGAGCUCCUUGUGGACGAUGGACGGAUGCUCGAGUGCCAGCGGGAAGGCAGCUGCCAAGAGAGGAGAGUCCUGGUGGCACCAUGGCCGCAUGGUGAGUGCACAGGGAGAGGGGGGAUGGGUGGUGAACCGUUCGGCGUCACACUGGUGAAGGACUUCGUGAGUGAGGCGGAGGAGCGGCAGAUGAUCGAAGAGAUGGACAGGUGGCCGUGGACGGCAUCGCAAUCUGGUAUGUAGGCAUCAGUCAUACCCACGAUCGAUGAGUUUGCCUCAGAGAUGACGAAUGGACGUGAUGUCUGUGGUUGUGUUGUGUUGUGCAGGCCGGCUGAAACAAGACUUCGGGCCGAAUGUGAAUUUCAAGAAACAGAAGUUGAAAUGGGACCGGUUCACCGGCCUGCCCUCCUUCAGCCAGUCCAUCGUCCAUCGCCUCCACACCCACCCCCACACUGCCGCCCUACUCCACUCGUUCGCUCCCGUCGAGCUCUGCAACCUCGAUUACCGCAUAGAGAGAGGCGCGGCCAUCGACCCCCAUUUCGAUGACGCGUGGCUGUGGGGCGAGCGACUCGUGACCGUCAGCCUUGUCGGCAACUCUUAUCUCACCUUUACGACGAGCGAUUACGGGGUUGCGGUGCCGAUGCCGAGAAGGUCGCUGAUCGUUGUGGACGGGCCUGCGCGGCAGGUGUGGCGUCACGAGAUCCGGCGCGAGCACAUCAUUGGGCGGCGGGUAGGCGUGACGAUGCGGGAACUGACGCCACUGUUCACGCCGGUGGAGGGCGCCAGUGAUGAUGAGUUGACGACUGAGCAGAGGGCAGGGAGGGAGCUGCUGCGGAUCGCCAAUAACUUCGAUGGCAAGCCCCUCAACGCGCCGUGAGCAAGACGGCGACAAAGGAAUGGCCGGCAGGGCCGCCCUUCUCUCGUAGCUAGCGGGGUUCUUUAGGUCCACCUGAGAUUGGUACAUGUGGUGCGGUGUGGUGGUCGCAUCGCUUUGGUUCUUCCUCUGGUCCGUGGAGGCAACGGCUGCUUUGCUUCUCGAGGGUGAGAAGGGGAGUCGCCCUAGCCUCAGUCAGGCAGAGGAACACCGAGCGAAGAAGGCACAGGUGUCUCAGCAGCGAGGCGAGUGGGUGUGGUGUGGUAGGGGCGUAUUGUGUGGGUGUGUUGAUA